AUGGUCGCUGCAAUACACUUUUUAUUUUUACACACACAUUCAUUUAUUCAUUCUUUUUUACCACACUUUCUCUUUCUCUUUCCCUCCCUCCUAUUCUCUUUUAUUCUCUUUCUACCCCUCUCUUUUUCUCUUAUUUUCUUUCUUAGUUCACGCCUUUCUUAUUUUCUUUCCUCUUCUCUCUCUCUCACUUUUCCUUUUAAUUCUUAUUUUCUCUUUGUCUCUCUCACCUUUUCUGUCAUCAUCUUUCUUGCUCUUUCUCUUGCCUUUCUUUUCUGUCAUCCAUUUUCUCUCUUCUUUUUUAUUGUUUACUCUCUUGGCUUUUCUGUCAUCCUCUCUCUCUCUCUCUCUUCUCCAACCUCUUGUAUUUUCUCUCUGCCUCUAUCGCCAUCUCUUUCUUUCUCUUGUAUUUUUAACAAUCUUUUUUUCUCUCUUCUUUUUUCCUUCAUGUCCCCCUCCUACAUUUUCAUUUGUCUCUCGUUUCCCCCUCUUCUAUUGAUUCUUUCUUUCUUACUCUUCUCUUUCUCUCACUCAUUCAACUUCCUACCAAAUGCAUUCCUUCUACUCAAUUUUUAA